CUUUUUUUCCCAUCGCAGAAACUCAUCUGCGUCCUCCGCUCUCACCGUCACCGCAUUUCUUCGCUUGCUCCCACGCUCGCGUCCGCUUCGCAUCGCACAGCCGACACCACUCUCGACUCUUCUCAUCCACGUUCCACAGCGUCCUUCCCCGCCUCCGUCUCGCGGCCCCGGCGAAUUGCUUCUGACGUGCUGUCUUGUGGCGCCACAAGCACUGACCGUUUUCCUCGUUCUACAGUUCCUUUUGCGCGCCGCAUCCUUCCGUUCUAACGGGCCCACCAGAAACCGACCUGCAGCAUCCGCCUCUUUUGAGACCGUCCUCCAACACCAAAACGACGCUGCUUGCACCAGGAGAUCUGCGUCCGCCUCGACUGAACUGCUGCACAUCCGUCUGGGUAGCCUGUGUUCCCAACUCCCAGCGUCAAGCUUGCGCCUCACCUCACCCACGUUCCGAGUUUCUACCCUGGUUCUCAAACAUUGCAUCCGACGAAACCGAACUCGACACCCUCGUGGAUCGUUUCCAAAACCCUCGUCCGACGCUUGACCGAGAGUCGCAAACGCGUGUUGUGUAUGAUGUGUGCAGAGGGUGACGCCGACGUGCUCCGAUUAUAGGUACGUUUGUCGCUCCGCAUACUCUACCUGUGCUGGGCGCAGUGCAAAGUGGUGACUUUUGACAAUUGGCGUGGUGUCUUUGCUACGACGCCUGCGAGUGCAAAUCGACACAUACCCGUUGUACGCCACACGUCAGCUCUCUCGUUCGCCUUCUCUCUGUCUCUCCCCUCUGUAUGUGUGUGAGACGGAGUGCGUGUCUGGGCCUGCUGGAAUCACAGUCUCGCGCACGGCAUCUUUGAGUACGAGUACCCUCGAGACGAAUAGUCGAAGCAGGAUCAUGCAUCUGCUCAAGCAAGCUAUAUAAAAUUGCCUGGUCACCUUACGACCAAACCCGCUGCAAACUCGUAUCUACCGCUGCCACCCCCAACCGGCCAUUCUGGCCAGCAUUCAACGUGGCGGCAACGUACGAACCCAGCGGGGUGCUACAACCCUACCCCUACAUUUAUGCCAGCGACCCGGCAAUCUCGCCGUCGACCGCUUCGGACCUCACAAUCGCGGCUGAGCGCGCCAGCAAACGCGCCAGCUUGGCUGGUUCCCUCGACAGCCCCAGAGCGACCAAGAGAAGCAAGAAGAGCCAUUCGGAGGCCGAUCACACCAACGAAAGCCCUGGCAUGAUAAUCUCACAGCAUGGCGUGAACCAGAUGAUCGCCGACCCCGUCCUGAUUGCGACAGAGAGCAGCCCGACAAGCAAGCCGAGGAGAGUGCGGACAGGAUGUCUGACUUGUCGCGAAAGACAUCUGAAGUGCGACGAGGCGCAACCCGUUUGCCAGAACUGUAGGAAGUCGAAUCGACAAUGCAAACGCGGGGUAAGAUUGAACUUCAUCGACACACAGGUGCGCACGCCUCCACGAAUGGCCCCUGUACGCGACUGGAACGUUCAAUUCCAUGACGAGUCGCGAGAGAUCGCUUCGGAAUACAAGGGGGGGCUGGCGAAGUAUGGUCUUCCAGAGGAAGGCGAGCAGUUAUCGUAUCGUGUUGAGAAUGGUAUGCUGUUCGACUUCUCUGGGCCAACAUCUCACUCGGGACAACCACCGCCUCUGCCAGCCAUACAUGGCAUCGUCCAGGAUCCCUACGCGGAAGAGCAGAUGGCACUUGCACAAGAACGCCAGCAGCGCGAGACAUCGCAUCACUAUAACCAUUCGCAUUCGGACUCAGCAUAUUCUGGAUCUAAUGUGGCUUCUAUGACGGCGCCUUCGUACGCGCAGGUGGAACAUCCCGUGUCGGCCGAAUCCAGAGAUUACAUUCGGGACCCAAAGGAAUUGUAUUGUAUGCAAGCAUUUGUUGAAGAAGUUGCGCUGUGGAUGGAUUGCUUGGAUGCCCACAAGCAUUUUUCAGAGGAACUGCCCCACCGUGCGCUUGCGAACAAUAUGCUCUACAAUUCCUUUCUCGCCUGCGGAGCGCGCCACCUUGCUCUCGUGCACCCACAGGAACAAUGGGACGAGAAUGCGACGCAGUUCUACAACACCGCAACGUCGUACUUGCUCCAGAACCUGCAAAAUGACAAGCGUGACACGUUCAUGUGCGCAACCACGGCUACGAUCCUGAACGUGUAUGAGGUCAUGUCCGAACGUUACAUACAACGCAUGAACCACAUUAAAGGUGCCCGGGCCCUGAUCAAAGAAUGCGGAUGGAACGCGAAGUCUGCUGGUGUCGGGGCGGCCUGUUUCUGGAUCAACGUGAUGAUGGAGGUCUUGGAUUGUAUGACCAAGAACGUUCCGGUGGCCUGGGAUCCGGCGGAUUGGGGUGUUGACAUGGAUUUCGCCUCUAACACGACGGCACCUCAGAGUGACGAAGUAUGGACUCAGAGGAUAUUGUACAUCAUGUCCAAGAUUGUCAACUUUCGCGCGCGCAGCAGCGCUGAGGGAGACUUGCCAUUGGAACGACAAACAAGAAUGGGCGAGUGGCAGCACCUAAAGUCACAGCUUGACACGUGGAAUCGUCUGGCGCCACGCACAAUGCAUCCGAUGGGCUGCGUCGAUGCGUUCAAGACCACGAUAGGAUCUGUGUACCCGGAGGUUUGGCUCAUCAAACGGACGGCAAUAAUGGCUCGUCUCCUCUACCAUACGGGACUCGUGCUGCUUUCUCGGUUGAAUCCGAUGGAUCCCCGCAACAAGUCGGCCGAGAUGCGGGACAUGGAGCAGGAGAAUGCGAUGAUGAUAUGCGGCAUAGUGACGCAUACCAAGGACAGGGGUGUAGCAUGCGUGUCCAUCCGCUCCAUGGCCAUUGCGAGCGAGAAUUUCACGGAUGCCCAGCAGCAAAACGAAGUUCUCGCGGUCAUCAAAUCCAUUGCAGAGAGCUCGGGGUGGAACUUGGGUGCCGUACUUCCCGGGCUUUUGAAGCAGUGGGGGUGGACGGCUCCUCCUGAUUCCCCUUCGAGUGUAACGAGACCUCCACAGCAGCAGCAGGCUCCUGCUCCCCCACCUCUUCCUACGCUACCGCAGAUGCCGCAACAUCCUCAGCCUUCAGUCGCCGGGCCCUCUGCAGCACCAAUCCGUGUACAGAGCUUCCCGCAAAUUGGUGUGCAUGCCCACCAGCAACCUGCACCGUCCCAUCAGCAACAAUCGAUGACGCCUCCGAGUCAAGGGCAUGGCGCUCUGCAGCAGCAAUCGCCAUCACAAGCACGGAAUCCGCUUCCCGUAACGGACUUCAACUUGUCCCAGCAAUCUUAUCAGCCACAUUAUGUAGCACAGAAUCCAAACAUGGGCAGUGCUUCUAUGUCGAGGCACGGCUCGUCUGGCUAUUUUUGACGAAGUGAAGUGGAAGGAGAUGUGGACCGGAAAUAAGUAAUUGGCACAUACUUGUGCAUAUUCAAAACUUGGAGUUUCGUAAUCCGUCUAUGGAAAGAUGACAGAGGAACAUAAAAAAGGAUUUUUAGGAUAACUAGGAGGGGGGUUUAAUUUUGCUGGGGUUUUAUUUUAUGUUCGAAUUGUGUGCAGGAGCGACUCGAGCCGAUGACCUACGAAUCGAAGAAUUUCUACGGACAACCGCAUUGGAACACGGCGUCGGCGACACAACGAAAACAUCUCGCAUGGCGUAAAGCCAUAUAUCUUAUCUAUUCGAUACGUCCUUCUUGGGUGGGUGUCUGAUAACAGUCUCAGGCUUAUAUGGGUACUUUGCAUGUAUGGUUAGAUUCACGACAUCAAGGAUAACGAGACCCAAAACGCUCAGCAAAAGAGCAAGAAAGCCCGAUUGGCUUUGUCUUAUUAUUAACAACAAACCAAGAGAGAAAGAGCAUUUCUCAAGAGUGAG